GGUGAAGUCGCAGUCACAGCGUAAGGGGAAGGUGACUGAGGGGCUGAAGCAGCUCGUACAGGAGAAAGGACUUGGAGGAGGCAGAGCGGAGAAUGGAGCCUGAGAGCUACCCAGGGGUGGGAAGAGGGUAGCCAGAGUCCCGUCGGGCGGCCUGGGUUGGUUGUGCUGGGCAGGUUCUCAGCGGUGGUAUAAAGUCUGGCGACACUGGCCUGGUUUCCCGACUGGACUUCACCUUGAGGGGUGGGGGUGGCUUCUGCCCCACCCCUCACCCCCCUGUCCAGUCCAUGGCGCCAGGGCACGGUUUGUGAUAGAUUCAGGGAAACUUUUGGUGCUAGAUAUGGGAGGUAACCGAUGGCGGCUACCAGGUUAAGGCCAGCACUAUAAGGGAUUCCUUCCCCCAGCAGGGCUGGUUGUCCUCACUUCCGGGUGCCUGCAGAUGGGCGGGCUGGGGUCGGAGAUCGGCGGCCAGAAGCCAGAUUUUCUUGGCCCCAGCUCGUCCACCACCAGCGGCUGCCAAACGACCGUUGGAAAAGGUCUGGCGGCGGCCGGGAAACCGCAGCGAACUCUCUGCCAAACCCUAAAUCCCGCCCCUCUCGUUCCGGCGGCGACUCCGUGGCGACGCUGUCCGAAGUGCGGCUGCGCAAGGGUGACGGCGCGCGGGCGAGGGAGGGGGUGUUUUGGUUCUAGCCGCUUGCCGUCCUUCCAGGCUCUGCCGUCGGAAAGCCUGUCGUUCUCGUUUCCCCUUCCCUUUCCCUGCCCCAAUCCCUCUCUCUUUCCCUUCUUUCUGCCCUUUUUCUGCUGCCACUCCGGGUCCGGGCCAUUUUCCGGGCCGGUUGCACUAAGGUGCGCGGCCCCGGGGCCCAGUAUAUGACCCGCCGUCCUGCUACCCCUCGCUUCCCCCGCCCCAUGUGGCUACGGGGCCGCGGCGGCGCUGUCCACUAUGGCCCGGAAAGCAGUUAGCAGGAAGCGGAAAGCGCCCGCCUCGCCGGGAGCUGGGAGCGACGCUCAGGACCCGCAGUUUGGCUGGGAUCACUCGCUUCACAAAAGGAAAAGACUUCCUCCUGUGAAGAGAUCCUUGGUAUACUACCUGAAGAACCGGGAAAUCAGGAUGCAGAAUGAAACCAGCUACUCUCGAGUGUUGCAUGGUUAUGCAGCACAGCAACUUCCCGGUCUCCUGAAGGAGAGAGAGUUUCAACUUGGGACCCUUAAUAAAGUGUUUGCAUCUCAGUGGUUGAAUCAUAGGCAAGUGGUGUGUGGCACAAAAUGCAACACGCUAUUUGUAGUAGAUGUCCAGACAAGCCAGAUCACCAAAAUCCCCAUUCUGAAAGACCGGGAGCCUGGAGGUGUGACCCAGCAAGGCUGUGGUAUCCAUGCCAUUGAACUGAAUCCUUCUAGAACACUGCUAGCCACUGGAGGAGACAACCCUAAUAGUCUUGCCAUCUAUCGACUACCUACACUGGAUCCUGUGUGCGUAGGAGAUGAUGGACACAAGGACUGGAUCUUUUCCAUUGCAUGGAUCAGUGACACUAUGGCAGUGUCUGGCUCACGUGAUGGUUCUAUGGGACUCUGGGAGGUGACAGAUGAUGUUUUGACCAAAAGUGAUGCAAGACACAAUGUAUCACGGGUCCCUGUGUAUGCACACAUCACUCACAAGGCCUUAAAGGACAUCCCCAAAGAAGACACAAACCCUGACAACUGCAAGGUUCGGGCUCUGGCCUUCAACAACAAGAACAAGGAACUGGGAGCAGUGUCUCUGGAUGGCUACUUUCAUCUCUGGAAGGCUGAAAAUACACUGUCUAAGCUCCUCUCCACCAAACUGCCAUACUGCCGUGAGAAUGUGUGUCUGGCCUAUGGUAGUGAAUGGUCAGUGUAUGCAGUGGGCUCCCAAGCUCAUGUCUCCUUCUUGGAUCCACGGCAGCCAUUAUACAACGUCAAGUCUGUCUGCUCCAGGGAGCGAGGCAGUGAACCCUGUGGGAAGCAGAUAAGAAAAGAUAGUUUUACACGUAAGACCUGGAGCAGCUGGCUGGGUGCAGUGGAUCAUGCCUGUAAUCCCAGCAUUUUGGGAGGCCGAGAUGGAUGGAUCACAAGGUCAGGAGUUGGAGACAAGCCUGGCCAAUAUGGGAUCCGGUCAGUGAGUUUCUAUGAGCACAUCAUCACUGUGGGAACAGGGCAGGGCUCCCUGCUGUUCUAUGACAUCCGAGCUCAGAGAUUUCUGGAAGAGAGGCUCUCAGCUUGUUAUGGGUCCAAGCCCAAACUAGCAGGGGAGAAUCUGAAACUAACCACUGGCAAAGGCUGGCUGAAUCAUGAUGAAACCUGGAGGAAUUACUUUUCAGACAUUGAUUUCUUCCCCAAUGCUGUUUACACCCACUGCUAUGACUCGUCUGGAACGAAACUCUUUGUGGCAGGAGGUCCCCUCCCUUCAGGGCUCCAUGGAAACUAUGCUGGGCUCUGGAGUUAAUGACAACUUAACUCCCCAAAUGUAGAGAUUUAUACUAACUUCCAUCCUCAGUUUCCUUGUUUCUUUUGAAAAUUUUUUCCCUAAUUGUGUGAGGCUCUCGUGUUUUAGUUGGGAACACCAAAGUUUGCCUAUGGUUUAGGCACUUAAUAGGAAGAAGCUCUGUACAGAAAUCUGAAGGUUGUUUUGUUUUUUGUUUUCCCUUUUGGUAAUCAAAAUUUUAUUAUCUUUUAUGCUUUCUCUCUUUUCAACCAAACAUUGUUGCUAAUCCUUAUUUUUCUUUAAGUGACACAUAUUCUCCCUUCUCUGGCUUCUUUAGGCUGAAAUGACAUAGUCAUUCUCACCCUUACUUCACUCUUGAGAGGUAGGGCUCCUUUAUAAUUAUAUGGUUGCUGUCAGACUUUCUGUGAAAGUUUGGGAGCUGUGUGUGUGUGUGUGUGUGUGUGUGUGUGUGUGUGUGAUCUUACGUGCCUGUAGGUACUGUGUGUCACUGAAAUUACCUGGAGUGAGGAUUACUUGUAAUUAAAAUAUUUAUAAAAGAAACAAACUUUAUUCACAGAGUCCAGCUUUGGGACUAGUCUGUAUCUUGUUUUUUAAAGUUUAACAACACUGAUAAUAGGAAGUAAAAAUGGAAAGGAAAAGAAAUUACCACUGGGCAAACCUUUUGAGUUAGAUUGCAGGCUUCCUGGGGCCUCCCAUGCCAGAACUGCAAAGUGAUCCAGCCCUACCUGUCUUCCCACCUGUGUGUUCCCCGUGUGGGAAGUUUGGGUCACUUCCACUACCCACCCUCCCAUCUGCCUAGCCAGUAGCCAGUCUCCUAAAACAUCAAACUCACCAUCCAGAUGCAGCUCUAGAGGCUGCAAAAGGUUUCAUGGGACUUGGUAGAGAGGAUCCCAAUCCUUGCUUUCCUCUCCUUCCCCUUAAGACCUGAUCUGGUGUUUUAGGGGCCUGGAGCUGGGAGUCUCAAGUCUGCUAAGAUUCACAUCCAUAGUCCCCUUGGCUUUGAAGAGAACCCUCUCUGUCAUUCUUCCAGUCUCCCCAAUGGGUUUUCACUUAUUUUCUAAAUUGGGUUAAGUCUAAGAGGGUGGGGGGUGAGCAGGGGUUUUAUCCGUGUGUAGUGAGUGCUUCUUGUGUGGAAUAUUCAUUUUCUUACUGCAGCGGGACUUGGGGUUGAAGCCACCCCUCCUACUCAGUUGGCACAGCCCUGAAAUGGUGACAGGCUGGUCUGCAGUCAGCAUCAUCGUGCAUGUAACAGCAUCCAUGUGGUUAGUAAUUUGUCUAUUCCUCCCUUGAACUGUCUGUUUAGUCUGAGGUUUUUAAACUUGCAGGCAACUGACCAUGCUGUCCACUUGUUCCCUGCUUUUUAUGCAUCAUGUCGAAGAUAACAGCUGUUCCCACCCACGAAUUCCUCUAAGCACAUAUUCUGCUUUUCUGUUAACAUCCCAUUGUGGGGAAAGGAAAAGUCAUAUUUAUUCCUACACCCCAGUUUUUUAACUUGCUCUCCCAGUUGUCCCCCUCUUCUCUGGAUGUAAAUAGGGAAAUUGGGGAAUAAAAAGAGUAUCUUCCUCUUAAUGGUGAGGGGCUGCUAGAGAGGGAGACAGCAAGUCCACCCUCACUUGUUACACAGCACAUACCACAGGUUCUGGAAUUCUCAUCUUUGAACCUAGAGAAAUAGGUGCUAUAAAUGGAAUUAAACAAAAUGCUGGAUACUAUAGAUCUUUUAAUUGUCUUAAUUUUUUUUCUAUUAUUAAACUACAGGCUGUAGAUUUCUUAGUUCUCACAGAACUUCUAUCAUUUUAAACUGACUUGUAUAUUUAAAAAAAAAACAAAUCUUAAGUAGGAUGUUUUGUACUAUUGCCAGACCCUUUAUUGUGAUGGGCAAUGCGUUUGAUCGUUUGAGAUUUUCUGUUUUUAAAAAUGUAGGACUUGACUUUUUGCCAAGAAAAAAAAUAAAAAUUAUUCCACUGCAAAA